UCGUAAUUUUUUUUUACCUUAUUCCAGUUAAGGGAAAAAAACGGGAGGGGUGCGAAGGGUGCACUCGAUUGUUUUUCCUUUUUAACGCAUCGUAGGUAAUGGGAAAGGCCAAAACGGAAGCUGUAAUGGGAAACUAAAUAGACGUAACAGCUUCGUCUAGGGAAAAUUAAUUAAAUAGUAUUCCAGCAGGUUUAAUUAAUUAAAUAGUAUUUCAGCAGGUUUAGGCAUCCCCGGGGGAAUACCGGGUUAAAAUUAACGGCCCCCAAAAAUGAAAUACUGCUUUUCAAGAAUUUGGGGAAGCGAGUUUGCCUCGAGCGGCGGCCACAUUACGGUCCGGCCGCGCCGUCGCCGCUCAGUUACAACGUUAUUUUUUAACCCCACGUCAUUCAUGGCUUUGCUAUUUACUUCACCAACGUUAUUUGGUAUCAUCCUCUGCAAUUUUCUUUCCUGUUCUGUACGGAGGAGGGGGAGGAGAAAGUGUUAUGUCUUCUUCUUCUUCCAGGAGGAGCUUAAGGCCGAGGUCACAUGCAGCAGAGCUGCAGGGCGAGGCUGGCAAUGGAGGGGGCGUCUGGCCCGAGCCGUUUGUGGAGGCAUUGGCGCGGAAAGUGGCGUUGGCGGCUGCCGAUGGCGGCGGAUCUUUGGCUGCUGCACCUGCCGUUGUUACUGUGUUUCAGGUGUGCUCCACCUGGCGGACUGUUUCCGAAUCGGAAAUUUUGUGGGAAGCCCUCACACGAUAUGUAUGGGACAAAACCGAAACAACACGUAGAACACAAUCCUGGCGUGACGAAUAUAUUCGCCUUCACUUAACGGCCUCCAAUUUCCAUCGCAAUAAGGCCAAAUACACUUCGAUUGAAUACGAAGUGUCGAGCGAUUCAAGCGGCAAUGGCGUCGGAGCGGCGUGUCGGUGCCUUGCGCUGUCGCCGGGAUAUUUAGCCGUCGGGUUCUUUGACGGCGCUGUCCGUGUGUUCAGCCUGACGAGUAAGGAAUGUGUAAGUUCAAUGAAACCUGAACACGAGAACCGCCUGGGGCCAUUGUCCAGGGCCAUUGCGGGAAUUGUUAUAUACGAGCGCACAGUCGUUUUUGCGUCCUUCGACGGAAGUGUUUUUGUUGGAGGUAUUUUGAGUGGGAAUGUGCGGUGCGCGCAUCUGGGCAAUGUUGUGAAUGACGGGACGCUGGUGGAUUUCACCGGCUGUGAGAGGUUUUGGGUGGGCUUGUAUGCCGGUAUUCCAGGUCACGCAUGCCAUAUUUGGGACGCCGUGACGGAGCAAUUGGUAUUUAAUGCAGGAGAUAUAACGGACUCGGAAGCCCUAAGAGGUUGGCAUUUGUUGACGGAGCAGGCGGAACGCAUUGGUCGCGUGAGGGUCAAUAAUGAUGGGAUUCUUCUAACAGCAACGCGAGGGAAGCUGGCGGGAUUCGAACUCCAGACCUACGGGUUGCCGCCUUUCGUCAGAGAGGAAGUUGCUUUGGAUGAACAAGAGCUUAUAGUCGAAAGCGUCGAUGUAAACAAGGACCGGUUUUUGACGGCGUCAGUUAACGGUGCUGCUAGAGUACGUCGAAUUACAGACUUCGAAGACGUUUGCGGCUUCUCCUUUGAUGAAGUGGCAGAUAAUAACUCGACCAGCACCGCCAGUAGCAGCAGUAAUAAUAAUAAUCAUAACAACAGGAAAGUUCUCGGUGCUUUGAACACGUGGCAAGCGUUUCUUUGUGUUGAUGGAGCGGUGCACGCGUGGGACGCUCACAGCGGCGUGCUUCUGCACCGCCUGGAUGAGCAAAUGGGCGAGGUAUUUGAUCUGGUGGCAGACGACGAACACGUAGCGGGCUGCGCAGUUGACACGGGAAUCCAUUUAUGGAGUUUCAGACCUUAACAUGCGCGCCUGUUGACUAGUCUUGUUUUACAAUUUUGCUGCGAAGGACAGGCGACAACACUCUUCUGAAUUCAAAGAAUUUCUAGAAAACUCCUGCGUCACUGCAGGAAUGUUCCUCCAUAACUUAAACCACAACUAUUUGUACUGAGACGCAUUCGAAGCAAAACUAUUUUGGCUACACGUGGGAACAUUUAGUCUUUAAUGAUUUAAAGGCUUACCCUUUUUAAGAACAUAUUAUUAAAAUUCAGAGAUUUAACUAUUAAGCACCGGUCGGUCUUUAUUAA